ACAGCCAGAAGCUGAGCGCUUCUCCCCGAGAGGGGGGGUCCCCGAAAUCCCGCUCCUUCCCUCCCCUUCGCUUUGGGGCGAUUUCCCUACGAAGGGCCGGCGGGAGAGGUGCGCUUUUGGGUUGGAAAUUUCCUACCGAUCGGCUGCUGGAAAACAAAAGGAUUUUGCGGAGAAGAAACCAGCGGGCGGGGAUUUAAUGCCCCCCCUCCAUUUUUUUCUAAACGAAACCACCCCAAUUUCAGGCAAAAUUCUGCUGAUAUCUUUGCGGUUUUGCGUAUUUCGUUUUUUAACGAAUGCGGGAAGAGACGCCAUCGGGAUUAUUUUUUUUUUUAGGAAGGGGAAAACCUAAUUUUUCGUGAUUUCGUUGGCGGGGUGAACCGGCCUCACCUUCCUGUCGCUGGGCGGCGGGGAACGGGCUCACCCCGCUGCCGGCCCGGUGCCGGUGGUCGCGGCUCCUCGGCCGGGAGCGCGGCCGGUACCCGACUCCUUGAGGAAUUUAAUUUGCCCCUUUAGGAAUUAAAUUUUCCAGCCGGACGUGGGAGAAACGCCGCCGCCGUCGCCGCUUCGUGCGAGCCCAUCGGGAGAAAAACAACCCCGUGUCCGGCCCCGUCUGUGAUUUCCUCCCGGGAAGACCGGGCUUGCAAUGUGUCCAAAAAACCGCCCAAUUCGCCCCAAAUAUAGGGCGCGCUUUUUUUUUUUUUUUUUUCACGCCUUUUUUUCCCCCUGUUUAUUGUUUUCUUAAUUUUUUUUUUCCACGCCAGGCCAUGGCUGUCGCUCGUUGUGGCCCCGUGUGCGAGGCGGCGGCUCCCGGCGGCGGGGGGGGACCCGGGGGUGGCCGCUGUCCCCUAUCACAGGGGCCUCCCCGGGGUGCUGUCCCCUCCUUCCCUCUCCCCUGCACCUUUCUCCCUCCACUGAUCUCUGGCAAUCCGGACCCACGAGAUCCACCCUCUGCCUUUUUUUUUUUUUUUUUCCUCCCCCCCUUCUCUUCCUCCCAGGAUUUAGCAGUUUUAUCCCGAUGCGGGUGUCCUUCCUCUCUGUAAAGUCGUAAGUACCUUGAGGUGGGAGGAGUAAAUUCAGCCUGACACUGAGAGCGCUUUUGUUGAAACAGGAGAGACUUGCGGUGUCCCUACUUAAAUAUGACACAUGACGAUGGACAGGCCGCCCGCCCCGCCGCCCCCCAGUGACCCCCGCGAUGCCCGCCCCGCCCGGCGGCACGACUCGGAAGCGGAGACCACGAGCGAGCCGGAGAGCAGCCGCGGGGGCAUGGAGGCGCCGGCGGACCCCCAGCUGCUGCUCAACGGGGCGGCCAAGGAGGCGGGCCGGCCCUCCCCCGGGCCCCCCGCCGCCCCUGUGCCCGUCAUCGAGCUGGUGCGCCGGGGGGGCUCCCUGGACAUAAAAAGCCGUGAGGCGGCGGGGGAAGCGAUGCAGAGAGCGCCGGGAGCCGAGCCGUGCCGCGCCGCCGAGGCCGCCUGCGAGGCCCGCAUGGUGCAGCUGAGCCCCCCCGCGCUCCCGCUGCAGCCCCCCGGCAGGGCCAUGCUCUACAACCUGGGCCAGCCGCUGGCCACCAUCAACAGCGGGUUUUUCGGCGAACCGGACUCCUUCUCCAUGUACGGCAGCAACCGGGUGAAGCGGAGACCCUCUCCGUACGAGAUGGAGAUCACCGACGGUCCCCACACGAAAGUGGUUCGCCGCAUUUUCACCAACAGCCGGGAGAGAUGGAGACAGCAGAACGUCAACGGGGCCUUCGCAGAGCUGCGCAAGCUCAUCCCCACCCACCCGCCCGACAAAAAACUCAGCAAGAACGAGAUCUUGCGCCUGGCUAUGAAGUACAUCAACUUCCUGGCCAAGCUGCUCAACGACCAGGAGGAAGAAGGAAACCAAAGGGGCAAAGCGAACAAAGACUCGGGGAUAGUCCAGGAAGACCUCCUGCAGGACAUGUUGUCUCCCAACUCUAGCUGUGGAAGCUCCCUGGACGGAGCGGCGAGCCCGGACAGCUUCACGGAAGAGCACGAGGCGCUGGAUUCGAAGCACGCGCGGGGCCUGCACCACGCCAUCCUCCCCGUAGAAGGCAACGCGCAGCGGUGAUGACCCUCACGCUGCUCCCGAAGCGCCGCGGGGGAGAGGCCAGGCCUGGCCCUGCAGUUGCUGGAACUUGUGCUUGUGGGAUUUGGGACUCUGCCUUUCCCUGGGAGCUUGGGCUGCCCGCUAUCCCCAGCCCUGGGCGCAGCGGCCGGCGCGUCGGCUGAGGACAGGACCGACCCAGGUGGACGUUCGGGGUUUAGGUACGCGACCGUACAAAGAAGAAAAGCGUUGAAGUCAUCUUCGUUGUACAGAACUGCUCGGGAUGGGACUCUGAGGAGGGGAAGGAGGUGUGGCCGGCGCCUCUCCAGCGUUUAGAGGGUUUUCAGACCGCUUGGUGACUGUCUCUUUUCAAACAGUCCCCUGGGUGAGGCGUGGAGCUCCUCUUUCACUGCCCACGGUGGCCACCGGCGCUUUCCAGCUCCGGGUGGUGCUGGAAACGACUGCAUCACCACCAGUGCUGCAGCACUUCUCCAGCCUGUGGCACAUCCAGCUGGUCUGAGCAGGAGCUUGGCCACAUAUUCCUGUUGUCAGAGAGCUUUUGACUGUAUCUUUUUAAAGAGGUGAAAAAAUACCCUCAGCAAAAACCAUUAAAAUGAUUUAGACUAUUUCUUUUUCUCUCCUUUUUUCCUUUUCUUCUUCUUCUUUUUUUUUUUUUUCCUUUCCCUUUCUUCCUUUCUCUUCUACCUAUUUUUGGGUUGUUUGGGCUUGUUGUAUUUAUGACAUGGGAUUAUUUCUGUUUAACACUGUCAUGCAGUAUCCACUGAAUGAAAAGGUACAUAGGUGUUUUCUGCCACCCUCCCAGUCCCUUGAUCCUUCUGCUGGUAACACUCAGCAGGAGAAUUUCAAGCCUGCUGUGGUCUCUUAGAGUUUUUCCCAUGGUUUCUGUGAGGCCAGAGCUUCUCUCAAGAAAAAUGAAUUUCAGAGUUGGUAAGGGAAGAAAAUAUUUGCUAGUGAAGUAGCUCUUUGGACUGGGGGAUUUUUAAACUCUAAAAAGCAAAAAAAAAAAAAAAAAGGGCAAAAGGAGUCAAUGAUGUAUCAACAGUGUGCGUGUACAUAGGGUUAUAAAAAGGUUUUUUGAUGGUAUGCUUUGAAUUUUUUUGUUUUAUUGUGUGGAAAUGGUGGUUCAGCUGUGCCAAUGCCCACAGUGUGGACGAUAGUGCUGGAUUUAUUCUGCUGUUAGGAAGGUCCUCACCUGUCAAGGCUGGUGGGAGUCCACAGCCUCUCUGAAUCUUGUGGGGAAGCAGUAAAAACAGUGGUGGGAUUAGCCACCAUUCCUCAGUGCUCAAAUUGCUGCAAACCUGAGCUCUGUGUCUGAGCUGAUCCUCUGAUCCUGCUGCCCCCCAGGAGGACUUUUGGGAAAUGGGAGGGCAGGGGAGCAGGAGGCUGCUGCUGUGGUGGCUGGGAGCUGAGAACCACGCUGUGCCAUCACUGCUGCAUCAGGCCCACCUCCCACCACCCCAUCUCCUGAGGCCUGGUGGAGAAUUGCCCCAAACCCAUCCUCUCCCUCUGCAGAGAUGUCAAGGCACAGAAAUCUCUACCAUGAUACAGUAGGAAAAAAAACAAACAAAAAAACAAACCCCCACACAAACAUCCUUUGGAAGGAAAUAAAUCUUUCUGAGUGGGGACAUCUUCCACCACACUCGUGCCUUCCCAGGGAUGCUGAGGUACAAGAGAACACAGAGAAUUUGAGUGGGUGUCUUCAAGCCCGUCCAGGCUUAAUUCAGAGCCCUGUCAUUUCCAUCCCUGCCUGGUUUUGAUGCCUCUUUGUAAAUAAUAGGGGGGAGUCUGGCAUGUGGCUUGGCAUGCAUCCUGGCCCAUGCAAGGAUUUCCAGCAUAGCCCCCAAAUUUUUGGAAAGCACCCAUCUCCUCCAUCUUUUAUUGAGGAAAAGGAGGAAAGUUCUUGGUUCUGGAUUGCCUGAGCACAGAGGUUUUUACUGGAGGGGGUUACCUGCAGGGCUGGGCCAGGGAAGGUGCUGGCAGGUGAGGAAGCGAUGCUUAGGAAGAGGUUUGGUCUGGUACUGGUGCCAGGGGUAGGAGAGGCAAGCAGGGGGCUGCCAGGGAGCCCUCGGGGGGUUAGAGGGGAGCUGUCACACAGGUAAAGCCGUUCCUGGUUCCCAAAUAGCCCUGGGCGGGGUAUGUGGGGGUGUUACACCCUUGUUAUUAAACUGUCGAAAGGAAAAAAAAAAAAAAAAAAAAUAUCACCGAUCCUCAGAAACCCCUCGUUCCACAGAAAUCCCUCAUUCCACAGAAAUCCAUCACUUCUUGUUCGCAUCUCCCCGGUAGCUGAACAGUUGGGAAAAUGGUACAACCUUGUCAGCACCCCCAAACGCCCGCAGGCUCUCGCGCUCCUGCGGGGAGUGCCAGGUCCCCCGGGGUUUGUACAGUCGUACUUUAAUUGUGAUUUGAAUGGUACAUUUCCUCUGCCCACCUCUCCCCCUGCCUGCUUCAUCUCUCGCUGUGUGGAGCAUCACCCCCAUUCCUGUUGGAAACAGCGCUCUGGGGCAGUGUCGUACCGUGUGAGUGAAUUCCUGCCUUACGAAUUUUGGUUUUUUCAGCCCCGUCCCUUUCUCUGCCACCCUCCCCUUGGAUUUCUGCAUUUUUUCUGCAGAAAAUGAAGUAACCAGACCUGGUACCCUGAGUGUCAACUCACUGUGGAUGUGCUACUUAGAAAACACAUUUGUUGUAAUGUGUGUGUAUAUAUAAAUAUAUAUAUAUAAUGACUAUA